AUGCAGCCCGUCCUUCGUAUGGCCGCAAGGCCAGUCAGAGUUACUCGCAAGUUUUCAGCUCUUUCCUAUCCAGCACAUCCUCGAAGAUUCGCACAUCAGUCUUAUGGGAACGAGCAAUCUGGGAUGCAGCAGGGCACCAACCAGGAAAACCCAAAGUCCGACAUGGAGCAUCCUGGCCCAGAAGCUCCUGCAACUGGCAAGGGCGGAAGUUCAUCCUCAAGCCAGGGGGCGAGUCCCAAGAUCCACAGCCCCAAAUCAGCCGCGGAGGAAAACGACCCGGAAGUGCGGAAGCAUAACGAAGAACUGGAACAACGACACGAGAGGACAGUAAACCAGUUGAGUGAGGACGAUAACAAGGUGGACAAAAAAUUCUGGAAAGGCGAUGUUGGACGUCCUUCAGAGGAUAAAAAGUAG